CCGAACGAAAACACACCCAGAAUAGAGACAGCUGCUGCCGACACCAGCCGAGACACCUCCGGAAGCCGCCGAGUUCACAGUGACGCCUCACCUUUGUAACGGAGCUGUGAGAGCGAGCCGCCCGGUGUUGUUGACGUCUGUAUUAAAGAAGACAACAACAAAAAAAAGGAGGAGGGGGGGGGCAACUCUGCUGCCAGCUGCUGUAUCCAGACUGCAACGCAUUUGCGCAGCACAGAGCGACGAAGAGGGUGGGAAAAAAAUAAUAAUAAUAAUAAGAUCACGUCAGUGUUUAUAAAAAUGCCGUUUGCCGUUAACGGCGUCCUUUGCACGCUGGCGCUGCUCGUCCUGUGGCGGGCAGAGGAGUUCGCGGAAGCGUGCAGCUGUGCCCCGGUGCAUCCGCAACAGGCGUUCUGCAACGCCGAUGUAGUGAUUCGAGCAAAGGUGGUGGGCGAGAGAGAGGUGGAUUCCGGGAACGAUAUCUACGGGAACCCCAUCAAGAGGAUCCAGUAUGAGGUCAAACAGAUCAAGAUGUUCAAGGGGCCUAACCAGGACAUCGAGGCUGUAUUCACCGCUCCAGUGUCUGCUGUCUGUGGCGUUACCCUGGAUGCCAGCGGCAAGAAGGAGUAUUUGAUCUCAGGCAAAGCAGAGGCCGGAGCGAGCAUGCAUGUGACGCUCUGUGACUACAUUAUGCCCUGGGACUCCUUGAGCAACACCCAGAAGAAGGGUCUCAGCCAGCGCUACGAGAUGGGCUGUGAAUGCAAGAUUGUUCGCUGUACCAUCUUACCCUGCGAAAUCUCCGCCCCUGAGGAGUGUCUGUGGACGGACCUGAUGAUUGAGAAGCAGGUGCACGGGCGUCAGGCCAACCACUACGCCUGCGUCAAGAGGGCAGACAACUCCUGCUCCUGGUACCGCGGCGUGGCACCGCCUAAGAAGGACUUCCUGGACACAGAGGAUCCUUAGUCACGUGGCACGACACAUAAAUGUAAAUGAUUCCAUUGAAAUUUAAGACAACAACAUCAGGCAAAGUGAUUUUUUUGAUAUAUAUAUGUUAUAUAUAUAAAGAACAAAGCUAAUGUGACUGAGAUUACCAGCUGGUCUGAAAACAAUCUUUAGCCUCUCUUUGUAUUUGUUGUCCAUAAGUGUUUCAGUCAAAAAAAAAAAAAAAAAGCAACAUGAGGCUUCUUAAAAGCUCCGCAUUGCUCGACAUUCACUGACUCAGAUGAGGUUCAAGGGUUGUUUUCGGACACAGUUUCUUUUAAGAAAAACUAAAAUAGCAUCAUGAGACAUAGACUGGUCGAGUGAUGAAGUCACUUCCUCCUGAGGCUGGCGUCAGGAGGACAUAAACCCUUAAUGAGACAGAGCACUUUUUGCCCCCCCUCUGUAAAAGCGCUUUCAUCAACAGCUCUGCUCUCCAAAUCCACCAAUCACGAUCCUCGACACACAGGCGAUCAUUCGUUACCCAUCGUGUUUCUACUUUUUAUUACCUCAUUCUCCGUUUUACUCCAAAGCCAAAUUCCAAGUUGCCUUUUUUUUUUUUUAAAUGAUUGUCUCGCUUUUUUCGGUACAUCAUUUUAUUUUCUGCCUCUCUCAUAUCCUGUGCUGGGAGCUCUUUGGCCACUGGUGACGUCACACAAAAACGCCCACAAAACGCUUUGCUCUUUCCUUUAAAAAAAAAAAAAAAAAAAAAAGCACGAAUCAUCUCGCAUAGCUGAUCUUUCGCUGGUUUUGUCAGGUGAAAAUCUUUUCUUUGUGUUGAUUUUUAACCAAAGUGCGUGACCUCCACAGGCUCGCUGGACCAGUCUAUGCUGUGUAAAGAUGAGUGCUCUAAAUUUAAACCUGCCCUUCAUGUGAAACAACACAACAACAACAAGAAGUCAGAAAUAACCCCCUAAAUUUCUCGAUUUUCUUCAUCUUAUCUUCACCCCUGUCCGAUGUUGUCCCCACUACGUAGCUGUACAGUUCCUAUGCAUAUACUUUUGUUGUUACUGGAUCAUUAUUUACUGCAUUAGAACUAGAUUUGCACUUUGUGAGGAUGAGGUCCAGUAAAGACAAGAGCUAAACUCACUGAUGUUCGCCUAGCUUGAGAAAUCCACCUCAGGUGCAGAUUCUGCCCUCCCCCCCCCUUCCCCGAGUACUUUUUGGUGAUUUAUUAUUCACAAGAGCAAUCAUAUUCUUGCUAUCUUUGUCAUAGGAAAAAAAAUAGUACCUGCAAUGAAAGGGGAAAAAAAAGGGAGCGCGCAAGAGGUUUGGUUAUAAGGGAUCUUUUUGCAGAUCUUACUGUUCAGAGAAAGAAUAAAAGCUGGUGGGAUGUUAUUUCAGUUUCUUUCUUUUUUUUUUAUCUAUUGAUUGUAAAUGCCAAAAGCAGCUUCAUGAUUUCCUGAUAUAUUCUUGCAGAUGGUUUAUUUCCUGACUAAUUACAUGCUUAAUGUUAGCUUUGACCCGUCUCCCCUGCUCCCUCUCCUCAUUAAUGAAAGCUUUAUUGCCGUCAUAGAAAGCAAGUUGCUCGAUAAAAGUUUACAGUGCUGUUUUAUACACCUCAAGCUACAUUAACAAACAAAUCUAUAUAUUAUGGAGUAUUAGAGGCAUAAUUUAAAAGUAAACUCUUUACAUUUUUCAUUACUUUGUAUUUUUUUCAGUGUUAUUAUUAUUAUUAUUAUUAUAUACCUGUCAUGAUUUUUUGUGUGUUUUUGGCUGUCUUUGUCUCAGAUGUAUUUAGCUGUAGUGUAGAGUUGAGAGGGUCCUCUUGCGCUGGAGUAACGUGAGAGUGAGAGCGAUUAAUCCUUUUUUGGAGCGGUUUAGAGAAAUGAGAAUGGCUACUUUGUACGAUUAGAGGACUGUGCAUGUGUUGAUGCUUCGUGUAAGUCCAGGCAAAGGACAAAAAUAUUCAGUAUUAUCAAAUAAAAACAUGUUUGAAAGAA